ACUCGUCUCGAAUACUAUAAACGCAGAGCCAGAGAAAACCGGAAAACGCACACAAAAAAAAUAUGGCAGACUUGUUCUGCCGCGACUGCAACCAACUCACGGAGGUGGUGUUCGACCACUCCGCCGGAGACACCAUAUGCUCGGAAUGUGGGCUGGUAUUGGAGGCUCACUCCAUCGACGAGACCUCGGAGUGGCGAACCUUCGCGAACGAGUCCAACGACCAAGACCCGGCCCGAGUUGGCGGCCCGAUGAACCCGCUUCUCUCCGACGGUGGGCUCUCCACCGUCAUAUCUAAGCCUAAUGGCACUUCCUCUGGUUUCUUGACCUCCUCGCUCGGCAAGUGGCAGACUCGUGGCUCUAACUCCGAUAGGCACCUCAUCGAGGCCUUCAAGGCCAUUGCCAUUAUGUCCGAUAGGCUGGGACUGGUUACAACCAUAAAGGAUCGUGCCAGUGAAAUAUAUAAGAAAGUAGAAGAUCAAAAACCUCUUAGAGGACGAAAUCAAGAAGCAAUUGUGGCUGCUUGCCUCUACAUUGCUUGCCGACAAGAAAACAAGCCUCGGACUGUGAAAGAAAUUUGUUCUGUUGUCAAUGGGGCCACACAGAAAGAAAUUGGCAGGGCAAGAGAGUUCAUUCUAAAACACCUGGAGCUAGAGCUGGGUCAAUCUGUGGAAAUGGGAACUAUACAUGCUGUGGACUAUAUGCGACGUUUUUGUUCCAAUCUUGGAAUGACCAAUCAAGAAGUCAAGGCUGCCCAAGAAAUUGUUCAGAAAUCUGAGGAGCUUGACAUAAGGAGGAGCCCGAUAUCAAUUGCAGCAGCUGUUAUAUACAUUGUAACUCAACUAUCAAAUGAGAAAAAGGCACUCAAAGAUAUUUCACUUGCUACUAGAGUGGCUGAAGGAACAAUCAAGAAUUCUUAUAAGGAUCUUUAUCCUCAUAUCUCACGGCUAAUUCCUAGCUGGUUUGCCAAGGAGGGUGAUCUCAAGAACCUGUGCAAGUCCUAAACAUGGAUAAGUCUUAUAGCUAUACUAAAUUGCAGCAGCUUGGUACUGGGUUUUUCAUUUGGAGAUGAAAGUUUUCAGUAGUAUUUUUACUCCCCCUCUUCUUUCUUUUUUUUGAUGAAAACUCCCCCUCUUCUUUCAUGUAUAGAUGGAUAGCCUUUUCCCCGAAUCUCUUCUUACCCGAGUCAGCAGCAAGCAUUAAAGCAUUAUUGGACCGUUUGACUGUGGUCCAUGCAUUUAGUUUUCUUUACCAAUAUUUUCUUGCUUCUUUUAACAAUGGUCCAUACUUUGCACCAAAAUCAUUUAUAGUUUGGUCUUUAA